AUGACGUCGUAUAUUGUUGCCACGCCAUUCGAGGCAUACCUCCCCGGGCUUUUCAUCUCGGAGUGCUUCAAUGAUAACCCCUGUACACUGGCUGUGUCCGCCACGGCGCUGGCCACGUUUGCACGCCGAGUGAAAUGCGACAAGUACCUGGACAUGGCUCGACGCAACUAUUCAUCGGCGUUGGUCCGUACCAAUGAGGCACUGGCGGAUACUUCGGCCGCCGUGUUAGACAGCACUCUCGCCGCCGUGCUCCUUUUGGGACUCUUUGAGGCCGUCGUGUUUCAAGGCGGACAGGCCCCGACGAAUUGGACAGCACAUACCUUGGGCGCGAUGCAGCUUUUGCGUCUCAGAGGCAAGGGGCAGUUCAAGUCUCACGUCUCCCAAAAGCUGUACGCCCAAGCAAGCAACAACAUUAAGACCAGCUGCAUUCAAAAGUCAAUGCCGCUUCCAGCCGACUUCGUCGCCUUCAAUGAGGAGGUAGGGCCAUUGCUGGAUCCCGGAGACCCUGCGAUCCGGAUCUCACCAGUGGUAGAUAGAAUGGCGCGCAUCAAAGCCCAAGCCCUGAUCAAAGUGGAUGCACACUUGAUCCGGGAGGCCUGGCAGCUAGACCGCGAGAUUGCCAACUUUGGUCAGAACAUGCCGUCCAAGAUGCGGUAUGUCACGCACAAUCGUUCGCCACCGAACCCGGAAGCCGGAUCCGAAUUCUCUUACGAUUACCCCAACCUGCGCACGGCCAAGGUCUGGAACGCGCUUCGUCUGCUGCGGCAGUUUCUUGUUACCUUCAUAUCGAAUUCGUCGCAGGCCGAGCUCGACGUGAUGGGCCCCGACCUGCAAAAUACCCCUUCCCACGACGCCUUGCUGGCUCUAAGACGCUAUGCUGUGAAUAACAUGGGCGAAAUUUCUGAGCAAAUUCUCGCCACCGUGCCGAGUUUUCUAGAGAGUGGUUUAACAGAGAGGCGAUUCUAUCCAGCGGCGAGGAGUCUUGUCUGGCCUCUCACCAUCAUCGAGUCCACGGGUAUAAGCUAUGCAUCACAUCGCGAGCUGGCUGCCCUAUACCUGAAAGAAUUGGCCUGUGACUUGAACCUGCCGCAGGCAGUGCAUCCAGACCGGGAUCCGGGACACAAGGACGACUGGCUGCAUCUGUUUCACGUGGGAUGAAUCAAGCUCCCCAUGAUGUGCAUCGAACGCGCGGUAGUGGGAAGAAAGGGUCCGCUCAGAAAUAAAAUAUUGGGG